GCUCAACAGCUUGUUAUUGGGCUCGUCGCUGGUGAUUCGGUGCGAGUCCGGGCUGGAGGGGGUGGAGCGGGGCCGCGCUCAGCAGCCGCCGCUCGCGGGGCUGUCGUCGUCUCGGAGGGGGCCGCGGCGCUGGGAGCGCGGCGGAGCUGGGCCGGGCAGCGCGGGGCUGCCCACUUCGCUCCGAGUUUCCAGCGUUUUCCCGUGUGCUGGUGGGGAGGAGAAGCCUUGGAGCUGGAAUCCCUCAAAUAACCUUCAAAGAUGAAGGCAGCAGAUGAGCCUGCCUACCUGACAGUGGGAACUGAUGUCAGUGCCAAGUACCGUGGUGCCUUCUGUGAGGCAAAGAUUAAGACAGUGAAAAGGCUUGUGAAAGUCAAGGUGGUCCUGAAGGGUGAUAACUCAACUCAGUUAGUGCAAGAUGACCAAGUGAAAGGACCUCUAAGAGUUGGUGCAAUGGUUGAAACCAAAAUGCCCGAUGGAUCCUUUCAAGAAGGUGUUAUCAGCAAGUUGACAGACGCUAGCUGGUAUACUGUAGUUUUUGAUGAUGGCGAUGAAAGGACCUUGAGACGAACUUCAUUAUGCUUGAAAGGAGAAAGGCACUUCGCAGAAAGUGAGACACUUGAUCAACUGCCACUAACCAAUCCAGAGCACUUUGGAACUCCAGUUAUUGGGAAGAAGUCUAAUAGAGGAAGAAGAUCUUCUCUUCCUGUUACUGAAGAUGAAAAGGAAGAAGAAAGUAGUGAAGAAGAGGAUGAAGAUAAAAGGCGUCUCAAUGAUGAAUUGCUUGGCAAAGUUGUGAGUGUGACUUGCAAUUCUGAGAAGGCAGACUGGUAUCCAGCUUUGGUUGUGUCUCCCAGCUGUAAUGAUGAUGUCACAGUGAAAAAGGACCAGUGUUUAGUUCGAUCCUUCGCAGAUUCCAAAUUUUACUCAGUAGCAAGAAAAGACAUUAAAGAACUGGAUGUUCAAAACUUACCAAAAUCUGAGUCCUCUCCUAAAAAAGGGCUACAGGAGGCAAGCACAUUUCUCAACAAAAAGGGUGUUCCUCGGAACUGGAAAAUGGACAUAAGUGAAAUUCUGGAGUCUUCUAGUAGCGAUGAGGAAGAUGGAGCUGCUGCAGAAACUGAUGAAGAAGAGGAGAAAAGAGAAGAGAAAACCGAAGAAGUAGCGGUAAGUCUGGGCAAUUUCAGUCAUUCUUCAAAGAUGAUUAAUAAUUUGUACACACUAACGGUCCUCCUGAGAGAGCUUGAUCCUGAAGAGAGGGACAACUUCCUCCAACAGCUUUACAAGUUUAUGGAAGACAGAGGUACUCCUAUCAAUAAACCACCUGUUCUGGGCUACAAGGACCUUAACCUCUUCAAGCUUUUUAGACUGGUGUAUCAGCAGGGUGGGUGUGACAGUAUUGAGAGUGGUGCUGUAUGGAAGCAAAUUUAUAUGGACCUUGGCAUUCCUAUUUUGAACUCGGCUGCUUCCUACAAUGUAAAAACUGCUUAUAGAAAGUAUCUUUAUGGUUUUGAAGAGUACUGCCGUUCUGCAAACAUUCAGUUUAGGACCAUCCAUCACAAUGAGCCAAAAGUGGUAGAAGACAUACAGAAACACGUGGAACCAAUGGAGGAAAGUCUAAAAGAGGAACCAAAAAUGCCCCCAACAGAAGUUAAAAAGGAAGCAGAAGAAAACUAUUCCAGCAGUGAAAGUGAAAAAGAAGAAAUAGAACUAAGAUCCCCAAGGGGACGAAGAAGACUUGCCCGUGAUACAACUCCUGCUAAAAAAGAUUGUGAAGAGGAUAAAACACAAGAGAAAUUAAAAGACAGUAACAAAGAAAACAAAGAUACAGAAGAAGCACCUGAGAAUGCAGAAAAGAAAGAAAAUGAAACUCCAUUAGGGAGAAAAAGUACACCAAAGCAAAAAGAGAAAAAAAACAAAAAACAAGAUGAUUCAGAUAAAGAGUCAGAUGAAGAGGAAGAGAGGCAGAGGGAGAGGGAGGAAAUUGAGAACAAAGGAGAAUCGGAAGGUGAAGAGGAUGAGGAUGAUGCAGAACCCUGCCUGACUGGAACCAAAGUGAAAGUAAAAUAUGGACGUGGAAAGACUCAAAAAAUUUAUGAAGCCAGUAUUAAAAGCACAGAAAUUGACGAUGGAGAAGUUUUAUAUUUAGUUCAUUAUUACGGUUGGAAUGUAAGAUACGAUGAAUGGGUGAAAGCUGAUCGUAUCAUCUGGCCUGUGGAAAAAGGAGGACCAAAGAGGAAACAGAAGAAAAAAACAAAAAAUAAAGAAGAUGGUGAAAAGGAUGAGAAGAAGGAUGAGGAGAAACAAAAAUCAAAGCGUGGGCGACCCCCUCUGAAAUCUACUCUUCCAUCAAACACAUCUUGCAGUUUAGCCAAAACGCCUAAUAGUGAAGGUAAAUCAGGACCCAGAAGUGCACGGAACAACUUGUCAGAUUCCUCACCAUUACCAAAUGGAACAGAAGAUUCUGGCUCAUCUGACAGUGAAGCAGAUGAGUCAUCUGAAAAGAAUUUGAAUGAAGAAUUUUCUCCAGAAACUUCAGAACUGGAAAAAAGUGAAAAACUACAUGAUGAGAAGCUAGAUGAAGAAAGCCCAAAGAUUCCUCGUGCACUGAAAGAAAAUGACAGGACUCAAGUACAGCCACUAGAAACACUCAAACUUGAAGUUGAAGAAAGUGAACAAAUUGUUCAGAUUUUUGGAAAUAAAACGGAACAAAUAGAAGAAGUCAAAAGGGAGGCUGAAAAAUCACCUAAAGGAAAAGGGAGAAGGAGCAAGACAAAAGAUCCCUCUCUAGAGAACGCAAAGAUUUUGCCAGGAAGCCAAGAAGAGGUGGCAAAUGAAUCUCUUGCAGAACCUGGAAGAUUAGACAUGUCUUCCUUGGACUGUAAAGAAAUUUCCAACACAACUGAAAGUGAAACAGAACCUUCUACAAAAGAUAAGAAGCUUUUGAAAAGGAAAACUUUGGAACAGGCAUCGCCUGAGAAGAGAAAUCGACGAGAGAGUGAGAUGGAAGUGCCAAAUAUUGUAUCUGAAGAGAGGACCAAUGAAUGUACUGGAGCAGAAGAAUGUAGAGGGCUGAAUGCUGAAGAGUCCCUCAGAACUGAAAAUGAGGAAAUGCCAUCGCUGGUGGCAGAAUCGGUUCAGCAUGGUCAAGAGCCAAGGAAUGAGAACUUUGAAUGUCCAUCUGAAGAAAAUGAGAAUGUUCCCUUAAAAGAUGAGGAUGAUGCAAUGCCUCAGAUUGGUCCUGAAACUUUGCUGUGCCAUGAAGUAGACUUGGAUGACUUGGAUGAAAAGGAGAAGAGCAGUAGUGAAGACACAGUAUCAGAAAAGCCAGACCCUAAUGCUUCAAAUUCAAAUCCAUCUGCCUUACCCCCCGCUGUCCAGUCAAGCUUCUCGGUGGCCUCGCCUCUUGCUCUUAGCCAGGAUGAAUCACGCAGUAUCAAGAGUGAAAGUGACAUGACUAUUGAAGUCGACAGUGUGGCAGAAGAGUCUCAAGAAGGUCUCUGUGAAACUGAGUCUGCUAAUGGAUUUGAAGCCAGUACUACGUCAAGUAAUUGUAGUAUAGCUGUGCAGGAGAGAGAGACUGGAGAGAAAGGUCAAAAAAGACCCAGUGACAGCAGUAGUGGAACACUGGCAAAAAAACAAAAGCGUACUCCAAAGCGAACAAGUGCUGCAGCCAAAAAUGAGAAGAAUGGAACAGGACAAAGUAGUGACAGUGAAGAUCUUCCUGUCCUGGACAGUUCAAGUAAAUGUACUCCUGUAAAACACCUAAAUGCAUCCAAACCACAGAAGAUUUCUCGAUCACCUGCAAGAGUGAUUUCACCUCACAUCAAAGAUGGAGAGAAGGAUAAACACAGAGAGAAACACCACCACCAGAAUGCUUCGCCUAGAGUAUACAAAUGGAGUUUUCAGCUCAAUGAACUAGACAACAUGAGCAGUACUGAAAGGAUCUCCUUCUUACAAGAAAAACUACAGGAAAUACGAAAAUACUACAUGUCCUUGAAGUCAGAAGUAGCAACCAUAGACAGGAGAAGAAAACGAUUAAAAAAGAAAGACAGAGAAGUGUCACAUACAGGGGCAUCCAUGUCAUCUGCUUCAUCGGACACUGGAAUGAGUCCAUCAUCAUCAUCUCCUCCACAGAAUGUGCUUGCUGUAGAAUGCAGGUGAUACACAUUUCUCUGCCUUGCCAGCAACCUGCUGCCAUGGACAUAGAACCUGAAAUUCAACCACAGAAAGCACUCAACUGGUUUGACAUUGCCAAGUAUAUUCUGUACACACUUCCACUGCUGGACUGUACCUGUUCUCCCCUCCUACCCUCUUCUUUUGUUUAAUUUACUGGUCAGAGAAAUUAAGCUCAUUGGUAACUGAAGGUUUGUAGGCACAAUGUGACAUGCUUGUCAUUGUGUUUGGUUUUGUUUUGGUUUUUUUUUUAUUAAUUCAGAGAAAGGGCACUUAUCAAAUUUGAAGUUAUGUCCAGUGAAGCAUUCAGGUGCUCUAGGGAGAUCUUAGAAAAGCAAGUGCACCAAGCAGACAUCAGAGUAUUAUCCAAAAGAAUUAAGUAACUGCUGCACUUUCACCGAGCUGUACGUUAACUCUUGGUGAGUAGUUCCUCUUUGUGGAAGCACUUGCUAUAUGGAACUGCCAAAGUAUGUGUUCUCAGCAGUGUGCCCAGUUUUAAAGGUGUAAAUGGGACAAAAUAAAUUGUGAAAGGAAGUGUAGUUGACUGAAAACUACAGUUGUAAUAAGUCUUCCACUUUUUAUAGGAUUUUUGAGCACACAGUUAUGCAAAUAUUUUAAUGUUUAUUAAUGUUUACAGUGGAAUUGUGAAUAGGUUUUCAGUGGACUAUCUUAUCCCUUGACAAAAAUAUUUUGUCUUUUUUCUAUGUAAUUUCAGAGUUUUUAUUUUGUUACAAAAAGACGAAAAAUGAAAUAUAUAACAACAGUGAAGUUAUUUAACAAGAUUUCUAAAGCUGAAAUUUUUGUGUAAAAUAAGGUAUCUUGCAACUUGUUAAAUAUAUUUAUUCAGACAUUGGAUGUUGUAUUUUUAUGUAUUUUUUAAAAUAUUAAUAAAAUUGGAAAAAAAAAAUCUAGGUUAGUUCGCUCUUUCGAUAAAACAUACUUAUCAGUUAUGGCUCUUAAGGAGGUUUUAUCCAGUAGCCAUGCCUGUAUUUCAGAGGGGUCUGUCUACGUAUCCUCCACAACAUAGAUCUGUAAGCGGGCAUCUGGAUUAAACCAGAACUUUCUUUGGAAACUUUGGCAGUCCUAGUACUUACAUUGUUUUGAGGAACAAAAUUUAUUGGGUUGCCCUUAAGAUACUUUGUCACAAGUUCUUAUGCUUGCUGUACUGCCGAAUGAAUUUAUAUCUCCCAAAGUUGAGAUGCAACAAUAAAGUAAAGCAACUGUGUAUGCUUUCUCUGUGGAUUGUCCCACAGACAGAUACAGUUUGUAAAUAACUCUUCCAAAACUAUGUAUUUAAAACAGUUUGCAUAUACAUUAUGUAUAAAAGUGAUUUUUUUAUCAAUUUUUUUAUUCAUGUUUGUACAUUGAAAGGGGUUCUUAACCCCUUUUUCUGUGUUUAUUAUGCUGUAGAGUAAUAACAUAGAUGCUCUAGACUGUAUAUCAGGAUAUUCUGGUUCACACGGCAGAAAGAAUGAAACACUAGUGAUGGCGUAGCAUUACUAAAAUUGAUGUUUCUUGAAAUUUCAUUUUACAACAUUUGUCAACUUGUGAUUCCAAUUCCUUCCAUUUUCGCAGAAAAUUAAAAAGUACUCUUGUAAAUGCA